ACUGCAGACAGUACAGGGGAUGACCAGAGACUGCGGACACAGUACAGGAGAUGACCAGAGACUGCAGACACAGUACAGGGGAUGACCAGAGACUACGGACACAGUACAGGAGAGGACCAGAGACUGCGGACACAGUACAGGAGAUGACCAGAGACUGCAGACACAGUACAGGGGAUGACCAGAGACUGCGGACACAGUACAGGAGAGGACCAGAGACUGCGGACAUAGUACAGGAGAUGACCAGAGACUGCGGACAGUACAGGAGAUGACCAGAGACUGCGGACACAGUACAGGGGAUGACCAGAGACUGCGGACACAGUAUAGGAGAUGACCAGAGACUGCGGACAUAGUACAGGAGAUGACCAGAGACUGCGGACACAGUACAGGGGAUGACCAGAGACUGCGGACAGUACAGGAGAUGACCAGAGACUGCGGACACAGUACAGGGGAUGACCAGAG